UAGGGCGCGAGUCUGUCAUGCCCAAAAAACAUCUCACAGAGUAUUUGAGACGAGGUUCGUGAGGAGUAAUUUGUCGAUGGACUUAAGAACCUCAAAAUAACCCCCGAGCCGAGCCAAACGUAUCCAUCUUAAAUACGAAAAUAUUAAAUCCAUUCGAACAUUACACUACCGAAAUCUUCGAUAUGCAGCGCACCUAUCUCGCGUUCCAUCAUAACGCUAAGCUCCAUACCCUACAAACUGUAGUCACUGCAGUCCGCUCAAUAGCAGCUCUUGAGGAGGCUAACAAGGGACUUUUCAAACAAGCCAAGGAAGAUGACCAUGUUGUAGUCACGGAGAAGACUAUAUUCCACCCUCAAGGCGGAGGUCAACCUUCUGACGUUGGUGUGAUGAAAAGCCCUGAGGGUACAAGUUUUGAUGUGUCCAUGGUGCGCACGAGUGCUACAAACGACGGCGAGAUACUGCAUUUUGGCAGGUUCGCGAAUACUACGGCAAUUUUCAAGGCUGGGGACUCGGUCACUCAAACCAUUGAUAGUGAGAAGCGGAAUCUAUACUCCCGGUAUCAUACAGCUGGGCACGUUCUCGGUGCAGCUGUUCGACAUCUCCUCGAGAAAGAGAUAGCCAACUUCGAUGAACUAAAAGCAUCACAUUUCCCCGAUUCUGCUGCUUGCGAAUUCCAAGGUCUCAUUGAAGGGAAAUGGAAGGAUGCUAUUCAAACUCGGUUGGAUGAGUACAUUAGCAAAGACAUGCCAGUUGAAAUAGAUUGGUGGGACGAGAACGACUUCAAGGUAAAUGGACUUGAAAGAUUAAUACCCGAUCGCAAAGCAAUGGGUAUGACAGACGAUGAGAAAUUCCGAGUCGUGAAGAUUGUCGGAGCCGAAACCUAUCCCUGUGGCGGCACGCAUGUUGACAGUACAGAGCAAUGCGGCAAGACCAAUGUGAAGAAGAUUAGUCGAGCGAAAGGGACAAGUCGAGUGAGCUAUGUGCUACCUUAGCAGUUGGCCGUCGAAGCGGUCAAAUACGGCCUUUCACAGCAAGAAUAAAACUCACCUAAUGUAACCUAACUGGACUAAAGGCGUUGUCGCCCAUUCGAAUUACAAUAUUCUAGCAC